UCGAGGAGAAGGGUGAAGAUGAUGAUGACAACAACAACCAUGAUGGAAUGUCUGCUACUUUUGUGGACAUGCCUCCUCCUGAGCGUUUUGAGCAAGUUGAAACAGUUCAGGGAAAGCAAAAGUAUCCAGAGGAUGCCUAUGAACCUCAAAUCACUGAAACUACUGCUCCUGAAAUUCAAAUUUCAGAAUUGAGAGAGGAUCAGGCUUCAGAGAUUAGAGAUGAUUUUCCAGGCAGUCCCAUCCAUGAGGAACAGGCUAAAGAUCCAGAGGAGAAGGAGAUGGAGAAUGAAGUUCAGUUUGGUCUGGUAAUUUUCAGCAUCCUCAAGUUCAUUGUCCUCCAUGCAUUUAUGAACCAGUUAACCACCUCCUUAUUUUUCUGCAAAGUAAAUUUCCACUCGCGGUCCCUCAAAUGGAGCCAAAUGUUGCAUUUAAGCAAAGAGAGAUAUCUUAGAAAGAGGGAGACUUGCGAGAACCCUCAAAUCCCAUUACUGUUCUUCCGGAAGUGAGUUUGCCACUUAAAAAAAUAAUCCACUAUCAAAAGUUAUGUACCACUUGCCAUUUCCGAUCAAUCCUUAAUAGCUUCUUGUUUUGCAAUUCAGGCGGUACUUCUUGUGACCGCUACUCAACAAAGGCUGCAAGCUGCACUUGAGCUGCUCAGGUCCCCUUCCAGUUCUAGUCCACACUCACCAGAGGUUGCAGCAGCUAAGGCCACCCUCCUGGAAUUGAUAAAGAAGCCUAUAGAUGAAGUGGUUGACCAUGAUCAUGAUCUAGAGUCCAGAUUUCAUUAUGCUUGUACACUCUUAGUCAAGCAGCAAGUGCUUUCUGCUGGGGUUAUCCAGGGACUUGAUGCGCUAUUGGUAGAACUUUGUGGCUCUAAUCUGCGUUGUUGUACCAUAACUGCAUAUUUGGUUGCACAGAAAGAUAAACCUGAUCAAGAAGCCUCUAUUGCCAACUCAUUGGAGUCUCUUGUCAAGAUAUGCAUUCAGCAAGAACAAAGUUCACAUCAACAUGCAGAGAGGAUUAUGUUGCUCUAGCAAGAACUGUUGCUUGAAGAAGAGGCUAAAGCUAAGUUGGAUCAAGAGCUGGACGACAACCUCAAACAGCUAGACCCUUUACAAGAUCAACUGGUGGCUAUUAGAAACGAUGUUAUUAUGUCUCAAGCCCUGCAGGUUGAGCUCAUCUCCCAGAAGAACAAAUCUGGGGCUCUGUGGGAUUCCAUAAGGUCUAUUAUGUAUAAACAACUGAACGAUUAGGCUUCAGUUUGGAUUUGGAACUAUGUUGGCA